CAGAAAGCCAGAGCAGAAAGCCAGAGUGCUCCAGCCACAGGAAUAUCUGGCCUCCUUUCCCCUCAGUCUCAGCCUGCCCAGAGACCCCCCCAAUCGGACCCCCAGGAGAGACGCAGAACAUGGACCGGCUCAUUGACUUUGCCCCUGACGACGGCUCCUUCAUGUUCACCUCAGAGUCGGUGGGAGAGGGGCAUCCUGAUAAAAUCUGUGACCAAAUCAGCGAUGCGGUUCUGGAUGCUCACCUGCAGGUGGACCCCGAUGCCAAGGUGGCCUGUGAGACGGUCUGUAAGACAGGCAUGGUACUGCUGUGCGGGGAGAUCACCUCCAGCGGUAACGUGGAUUACCAGCGCGUGGUCCGAGACACCAUCAGGCACAUCGGCUACGACAACUGCUCCAAAGGUUUUGACUAUAAGACCUGUAAUGUGCUGGUUGCUCUGGAGCAGCAAUCAUCUGACAUCGCCCAAGGCGUCCACAUCGACCGGCACGAGGAGGACAUUGGAGCAGGAGACCAGGGUCUGAUGUUCGGCUAUGCCACGGAUGAAACAGAGGAAUGCAUGCCGCUCACCAUCGUCCUGGCUCACAGACUCAAUGCUAAGAUGGCCGAACUCCGGCGAAACGGGACCGUCCCAUGGCUCCGCCCCGACUCCAAGACACAGGUGACGGUGCACUACGCCCAGGAGGGCGGGGCAGUGAUCCCCCUCAGGGUGCACACGGUGGUGAUCUCCGUGCAGCACGAUGAUGAUGUCACGCUGGAGGAGCAGCAGCGUGUUCUCAAGGAGAAGGUGAUCCAGCCCGUUGUUCCCGCCAAGUACCUGGACCAGCGCACCAUUUACCACCUGCAGCCCAGCGGACGCUUUGUCAUCGGGGGACCCCAGGGUGACGCGGGCGUUACUGGCCGGAAGAUCAUUGUGGACACGUACGGGGGCUGGGGGGCCCACGGGGGGGGGGCCUUCUCGGGGAAAGACUACACCAAGGUGGACCGGUCUGCUGCCUACGCCGCCCGCUGGGUCGCCAAGUCCCUGGUCAAAGCCAAGCUCUGCAGGAGAGUCCUGGUACAGGUCUCCUACGCCAUCGGGGUGGCCCAUCCUCUGUCCAUCUCCCUCUUCACCUACGGCUCAUCCCAGAAAUCAGAGAAGGACCUGCUGCACAUUGUCAAUGACAACUUUGACCUCCGACCUGGAGCCAUCAUCAGGGAUCUGAACCUGAAGAGGCCGAUCUACCAGAAGACGGCCUGCUAUGGCCACUUUGGGAGGGCAGACUUCCCGUGGGAGGAGGCCAAGGAGCUGAAAUAUUGAGGGACCCCCCCGCCCCCCCAGGGAGCAGACCCCCCACCUCCCACUGCACACGGGGGCUUCCCUCCAACGUGCCAGUCCAACCUCAACUCCCAAAAUUGGUGUCCAAAUACAAAUGUCAGCCCACUUUCUGUAAAACCUUUUCUGUUUUGAGUUUUCCUGUAAUUUUACAAAUGCAAUUAUCAAUUAUUACAUUGCAUUACAAGGCAUUUAGCAGACGCUCUUACCCAGAGCGACGUACAACGAAGUGCAGAUCAAACACAAGUACAAGUGUGAAGAAGAUUACAUUAAUUAAUUAUCAGAUGAAUGUUUUAUGAUUCCUGAGCUGCAUCAGUGUGGACAUGCAUGAGUCACACUGACAUAAUGUACAAAAUAAAUGAUAUAAAUUCUU